CAGCGGGUAUGCCACAAAGAAGAAGAAGAAGAAGAAGAAGCAGAAGAAGAAAAAUACCGGGUUAGUUUUGGAAGUAAAGCCAGUGUGACAGUUUCAUGUGCAGCCUUUUCCUGGAGUCUAAGUUUGCAGUUGCCAUGGAUGACCUGACUGAAGCGCUUUCGGCCAGCUUUUCUGUGUCCAAGGAGCCCAAUAGUACAGCCGGCCCCCACCCUCGGCUGGCCCAGUACAAGAGCAAGUGCAGCAUGCUGGAACAGAGUGAGCGGCGCCGGCGCUUCCUUGACCUGCAAAAAUUAAAAAGGUUAAACUAUGUGAACCAUGCCAGGCGUCUGGCUACUGGGGACUGGACUGGUGCAGAUAGCGAUGGGGAGGAGGACAUGGAGAAAGCGGAGGAGGGAGCACCUGACCUCAAGGUGAAAGGAGAAGAGGAGGGGAUGGAGAUUGAGAGGAGGAAGCUGCCAAAACAUUACGCAAACCAGCUCAUGCUGUCAGAGUGGCUCGUGGAUGUGCCGUCAGAACUGGACACCGAUUGGCUGAUGGUGGUGUGUCCUGUGGGGAAACGAUCACUCAUUGUUGCCUCUAAGGGUUCCACAUCGGCGUACACUAAAAGUGGUUACUGUGUAAACCGUUUUCCCUCCUUGCUACCCGGUGGAAACCGACACAACUCUGCUUUGGGAAAAGACUACACUAUCCUCGACUGCAUUUACAGUGAGGUGGACAGAACGUACUACAUCCUGGAUAUUAUGUGCUGGAGAGGCCACCCGGUCUACGACUGCCCGACUGAGUUCCGCUUCUACUGGCUCCAGUCUAAAGUACAGGAGGCAGACGGCCUGUCUGAGAUCGCCAAACGUAACCCUUUCCAGUUUGUGAGGCUCCAAAGCACAGACUGCAGUCCAGAUUCCAUCCAGAAAGCGCUGGCAGCUGAAUACAGCUUCAACGUGGAUGGCCUUCUCUUUUACCAUCGCCAAACCCACUACACCCCUGGCAGUACCCCUCUGGUGGGCUGGCUCCGCCCCUACAUGGUCACUGAUAUCCUAGGUAUAGAAGUUCCCGUGGGGCCUCUCACCACCAAGCCGCUUUACGCCAGCCAUCAGCUGCAGCAGAUCCUGGAACAGAAAAAGACUUCAGGUGAAGUCCGUCCGGCCGACAGCAGUGGACGAUACGAGCUGGAGUACCUGUCCACGCCUGCCCCGGAUGGCGGGGAGACGCUGAGCUCCUUACCCCAGAAGCCCAUCAGAGAAGCACAGAUGGAGAGCUGAAUGUGAAGUUUGAGGAGACACAAAGUGCUGCUGAUUUAAGCAUGGCUGACAUAUGGCUGUUUGGAAUGUUCCCUGAGUGCAAAGCGUGUAACCCGCCGCCGCUCAGCACGCCCUCAGAGUGCAGAUCAGCUGAGCUGAAUUCUCGAUACCUUUUUAUCUGCACCUGUUCUGACUUACAUUAGUUUCCUUGCUGGAAAAAAAUGUAUUAACGUUGCUAAGAAGCUGUAGUAAUUAUUGUAUCACAGCGCGUUGUGUUUGCCACCCUGCAGAAAGUUCUGCCACGUCUCACUAGAACCUUAUUCUGCUGCUGGUCUUUUUUACUAGAUUCGCAUCAGGUUAAAGUCUGUUACAUAAGAAAUAUCUCAUCUUUUACAGGUUUGCUAUAUGUAACUUCAACAGUUGCUCAGUAGGCAAAACUGAGGAGAUCAAUACUGUAGACAUGACUACCUGAUGGUGUGCAGGAUGCACUUGGACUGUUCCUGCAGAUGCUUUUAAUGACUCAUGUUUGUGCACUCAUGUUCAGAACAUUCAGUUACAUCCUCAAAAGCUUUCAGAAUCGGAACUGUGUAAGGAAUUUUUAAAGGUACCAUCAAAUGAAU